UCCCUCUUUUUAGUUGCAACAAUAUCCUCCCCCUAUUCUAAUAGCCGUCCUUCCUUUCACCCUCACGUCUUUUUCGACCUCUAGCAGUGCUACUGUUCUCUCGACCUGCCAUUCAAGCUUCUAGCAAGCAGAAAGGAAACGGCAAAAAGUCAACAAUCAGUCGUGAUUUCACUACUGUUCAAACGCAACCAUCGGAACCAAGGUUCGGAGACCGCCUGCAUCCCAAACGGGAAAAAGUAAUCCAUUACGCAACCCACGUCUGUACAUAAUAUAAUAUUCCCCGUCAAUCCCUUGAAAACCCAACAAAAACCAUCACCAUGGGCCAUUCUCUGAGGGAUCACGCCUCCUUCGUCCGUCCGUCCACUCGCGACCGGCCGUCGACCCGCGACCAAGGAGAGAACUCGCUCGUCGUCCCUAGUCGCACCUCCUCACUUCACUCCCGCAUUACGCAACCCAUCCCUUCGCAAGCCAAUACGAAAGCUUCUCAGCGAACCCCCAAGACUCUCACUCAUGCUUACAUGGUUUGCGGUGUUGGCCGGGAACCGUCCCAAUGGGUCCGGGCUCCUGCGCCAGCACAGGGAAAGAUUGGACACAUGAAAGGAGCCGUAGGCCAGUUUUGGUUGCCGGAGAUCUUGGGAAGCAGUCCCCGUCUGGAACAAGAUAACGAAAUUGCCAAGUCCUUGCAUUCGGCCAUGAGGGCAUGCUUCCCUCACGAUGUAGAGAUCUGCACCGGCAAGAACCAGCCUCACUGCGUCCAUCAUGCCUUUGUUUUGCAGCAGGAUUCUUCUCACACCCUUUACGGUAUCGCCCUGCGAGUAUGGUCCCGCGCAGACGACAAGCGUGCGGAAACGAUUCGCGAAUUGCGCAAGAAGACAGAGCCCGAUUUCUACGAUAACCCGGAAGAGACUUAUUGGAUCCCAUACUGUCUGAGUUUCCUGUCUCGCUACCCACUCUACGACCUUCUGGGCGACUAUCUCCGUGGCAUGUGGAUUCAUUGGAACAAGGCCACCAACUUGUUCCAUGCGGAGGAGGUUUCGCGGAUUCUGAGCUUUCCGGCGCCCCGCCUCAACGACCUGGUUCGCAUCGAUAUGAAGGAUUAUGCUCUCUGCUAUCAGUUCCCAUCGUCCCCAACGGGCUUCCAGAACUUCUCCAUGUGGCCCCUCUUCACCUGCCUGUCGAUCCCUAAUGUCGUGGGUGUUGUUGAAGCUGCCGUAUCGCCGACACGUCGUAUCAUCUUCGUCAGCCACUACCCAGCCAUGCUCACCAUGGCUGCAGAAACCAUCCGUUACUGUGUGCGCAUUUACGAAUGGAGUGGAUUGUAUGUCCCCGUUGUCCACGCUCGCCACAUCAAGGAUUUGGUCCAGGAGCCCGGCCCGUACAUUCUCGGUGUCACGGCUGAAUGCCGAACCCUCUUCAACGCUCCCUCUGAUGCUCUGGUCGUGGAUCUGGACCGCAAUUUUGUCCUCACAUCGAGUCCGCCCGAUGUUCUGACUCCUGGUCAGCGCACCAAGUUCAUCAACCGGUUGACCCAAGCCUUGAAUGGUGAUGUUUCACCCUCGGGUGUUCCCAACCACCUCCGUUCUGCCUAUGCUGGUGGCAAACUCAUUCCCGCUGGACAGAUCAUCGUGAUGCGGGGUGAGGUCGAGAGCGUCCAGGAUCCUUCUUGGUGGAACCAGGAUGCUGUGAUGAACGUUAUGGAUCAUGUGUGCGAGAAGUUGGGACGCAAUACUGGCAUGAAGGCCAUCUUUGGUGGCUCUGUCAAGAAGCCUCUCAUGACCAAGGUUUCCAUGCGCCAUCUGAACGAAAUUGUGCGUGAAAGGAACCAGUACUCUCGCGAUGCGAUGGAAGCUUGGCAAGAUUUCAUCAACCUCAAGGGUCGCAUGGACACCGAGCUGAGCAAGGUUACCAAGCGCAACAACUUCUUGGUUGAGGAGCUGGAGACCUGGAAGCAGCAGUUCCUCAAGUUCCAGGCUUUCGCCGAGACCCUCACCAAGGAAACAUCUGAGCUCAAGGUUAAGAUUGAGAACCACAAGCGUGAGAACCGUCGUCUUACCGGUCUCAUUGACCAGCAGAAGGAUGAUGUCGCUCGUCUCUCUCUCCGUUUGUCCGGCACAGAGAAGCAACGCGAUGAUGCUCUGGAAGCGUUGGUCCUCCAACAGGAAAUUGCCGAAGAGCUCGAGCGCGAGAGGAAGCGCAACCAAAAGGAGCUUGCUUCUUUGCAGCACUCCAAUGCUUCCCUCACACGGCAACGCGACGAGGCCCAGCGCGUGGUGCUGGGUCUCCGCAGCCUUAUCAAUGGCCAGACACAUCACAUGGAGCACAUCGUUCGUUCGAUUGGUAGCUCUACCGACCUGACCGAGCUGCCCGAAGCUGAGGCUGCCGUCGAGACCAAGGAGGCCGGACAGGAUGUUGAGACCCCGAGAGAAUCUGCUGUGUCGUCGCGACGCUCUAGUGCCAAUAUCUCCGCGAAGAGCGUUGCCAACAAUGUGAGCCCGGACUUGGAGCAACAUCUCCUCAGCAUGGGUAAAAGUCACAACCGUCUUGCACGUCUCAGCAUAACUGAUGUCGCAGAUCGCUACCUGCGUGACAAGACUGAUGCUAUUUCUGACAUCAUCCGCAGCAUCAGCGAGCAGUGUGCUGCCGCUGUGGAAGGCCUACAGCUUGCUCAAGAUGCGGAGGAUGAUGACCUCCCGGCAUCCGGCAAGACCACCCCAAAUGGAAGCCGUCGUCUGACAACCGAUGGACUUCGUGGGCACUUGACGCCAGCUGGCAGUGAAAUGGGAGAUGGCGACAACCACUCGUUGCACCCCGAUCACCGGCGUUCUAGUGUCCCGCCGACCCCAGACCUGGUGCAUAACCGGUCCAGCACAUCCAUGUCGAUGGUCAGCAGCUCGACGUUCCCGGAGAGGUCGAGUCAGCAGUAUGGGCCUGGCGAGAUCCCGACCCGGAUCAUCGAGGACGAUGAUGAGCGCGCUCAUGAGACCGAUGGUCUUGAUGACCACACUGAGACAGGCACUCUGUCCAAGCAGGCCAGCGAGGACCUCAUUCGGGCCGGCUCUUCCCGACUGGUUGCGUAAUUGUCUCUUGAGAACGACGAUGCAACGCUUGAUUUCGACGACUUUUGACGCGACGUCUGCUCCUACCAUCUUGUCCGAAUUAGAGCGAGUUGUGGCCACUCUUUGGCA